GCCGGCUCAAAGAGCCAACUCGUUCGUGACGACACAUCACUACUUCCGUAGAGGAAGAAAAAGAAGCGGAAGUUGUUAAAUAUCGGGGCGCCUUUCUUCAAAACAAAACCACAUGAGUUACUGAAUUACAUCUUUUGUCAACAAUGCCUCUUUCAACCCAGUCGCAAGGAGACGAUGAACAGUACGUUUUAGUGGCCAGUUUGGAUAACGCUCGCAAUCUGUCCAACAUACUGAAAGCAAUCACAUUCAAAGACCAUGCCAUCUUCAGCGCCACACCCAAUGGCCUGAAGGUCACUGUGGAGGACUCCAAAUGUCUGCAAGCCAAUGCCUUCAUCCAGGCUGAGAUCUUCCAAGAGUUCACCAUAAGGGAAGAUUCGGUGGGUUUCCAGGUCAACCUCACAGUUCUGCUGGACUGCCUCAAUAUCUUUGGGGGAAGCACAGCACCCGGAGUAUCGACAGCCUUGCGGAUGUGCUACAGGGGGUAUGGUUACCCUCUGACCUUGUUCCUGGAGGAGGGUGGGGUAGUGACCGUGUGCAAGAUCAACACCCAAGAACCAGAAGAGCCAGUUGACUUUGAGUUCUGCAGCACUAACGUCACAAACAAGGUGAUCCUGCAGUCAGAGAGUCUGAAGGAAGCCUUCUCUGAGCUGGACAUGACCAGUGAGGUGCUACAGAUCACCAUGUCCCCCAGCCAGCCAUACUUUAGGUUGUCUACAUUUGGGAACUCUGGAAGCGCCCAUUAUGAUUAUCCCAAAGACUCCGAUAUGAUGGAGCUGUUCAAAUGCGACAAGACACAAACCAACAGGUACAAGAUGUCCCUGCUGAAGCCGUCCACCAAGGCCCUGGCUUUGUCCUGUAAAGUCUCAGUGAGGACAGACAGCCGGGGCUUCCUCUCUCUGCAGUACCUGGUCAGGAACGACGACGGACAGAUCUGCUUCGUAGAAUAUUACUGUUGUCCUGACGAGGAGGUGGAGGAGGAGGAGGAGUGAUUACAGUCUUGUUGAAAUCCCCCCUUUAAAAAAGCACCAUGAGCAGUCGCUUUGAAUGAGAGGGCAAAGUCUGCCAGAGGAGGCAGUACAGCCGGUUUCGGUGCACGCAGGAAAUAAAUGCUGGACUUAAUGGGCAUAAUGGAUAACGGACACAGUGGGAAAGGUUGCUUUAGUUUAACUAAAUCACCUGGUUCAUCAUUUGCCAACAGAGUGGAGCAUUGUCACUGGGUUUGUGGAAAGAUAAUGUCACCUAUCUGGUCCUGUGAGGUACCUGUGUGUAGUUAAGACCGACUGUGUGAUAACGACUACAUUUCAUAGACAGUUUUGGAAAAUGAUUGUAUGUACAGUUUCUGUAUAUUGUGUUGUUCGUUACUAUGGAGACACAGGUAUUUUGAGUCAGAAAUCCCUCAACAUGUAAAUAUUACCUGUAACUUCAUGAGUCUACAUGUCUGCGUACAAUAUUUGACAUCUGUCUGGAGCUUCUUUGGCCUUUUUCCCCUUUGACUCAUGCAGUGAGCUGGUUGAUGGCCCAUAAAAUAUUGAAGACAUGGCACAUGGAUGCAUUUUCCUCAAGGUGUCAAGUGUAGUCAGUGUACAGCGGGUGUGUUCUCCGCAGACUUUCGAUUUCUCUGCACAUACAUUGCCAGAAUUGACCGUCAUGUUGAAUGUGUGUGCAGACUCCUUUGACAACCAUUUGUUUUGAGUAUACAUUAAAUGACAGAUAGAAAGUUUAAAUCGUUUUAUUUUCAUGACAUAGAAAACAACUGUAGUCACUCAAAAUCAAUAAACAAGUUAUUUUUA